AUUUUUUGAGUAAGAUUACACACACAUUCAAAAAAAUUUUUUUUCAUAGAACAAAGGAUAUAUGGAGAAAGGUAAGUUUCCCUUCUGCCGCAGCCCCCAGUUCCCCUUCCCAGAGACGCUCCACUGCCAACAGUUCCAUGGGCUCCGUCCUCACCCAGCAUCCGAGGGGAUCCUUUGGAAAUGUGAAAGAGGUGACAUCACACCUCCGUCCAUCACACCCCGGAAGGCACUCUACCAGCUGACCACAGCCACCAGGCCCCACAUACUCUGGGCCCUGCCUGCUGCCCCGACCUUGUUCCCAUGACUCUCCUUCCACUGAUCCCGAGCAGCCGCUCUGGCCUCCCUGGCCGCUGGCCUGCUCUGCCUGGAGCGGCCAACAAUCGCACACCUCACAUUCUUCAUUCUUGCAGGCUUCUGCUCAAACAGUGCCUCCUCUGAGAGCCCCGCUCGGGCCGCCCCCUCAUCCUGCUUUUCCAGGCUCUGUCUUCCUUCUUAGCGCCAGCCGGGCCCUCCCUGCUUGAGGUUCCGGAUCUGUUUAUCAGUCUAUUGCCUGUCUCACUGCAAUGGAAUGGCGGCUCCGCAAAGCAGUGUCAGCAAGCGCUGCUGCCUGGGGGCCCUCGGGAAGCCUCCCCGAGGGGACCUGAGGGUGUAGGUGCCUCCUCUCACAGCUCACUAUUCUCAAACCUUGCUUUUUUCUGAGUUUGAUCCACAUUGGCCCAUGCAGAUCUGCCUGGUUAUUUGUCACAGAUGUCAGCAUUUCAACUGACUGGAUGCCCCAGGGUUUUUCUUUAACCAGACCCUUCGCUGAGGGACAGAGGUUGUUCCCGGCCUUUUAUUAUCGCACAAUAAAAAGCGCUGUGAUGAAUAUACUUCCUUGUGCAUGAGGAAAAGUAUAUCCAUACAAUAAACUCAUACAUAGCAACUUGUUGGGUUUUUAAGUUUUGUUUGUUUGUCCGUGCCCAUGCAUGCAGAAGUUCUCAGACCAGGGUUUGAACCUGCGCCACAGCAGGGACAAAACCAGAGCCUUAACUGCUAGGUCACCAGGGAACUCCUUGGAUUCUUAAUGUUGAGAAAUAUCAUCCAACUGCACCUGCCAGAGAAGCGUCCCAAGGGACAGAGGGAGAGAGAGCAGCAGGAAAUGAAGACAGAGAGUGACGCGGGCCACAGAGUCGAACCUGGAAGCCACUCUAAGGGUUAAGGGCUUUGAGGGAGAUGGGAGACUACGGGGUUCUGAGGAGAGGAGGAAAGAUCAUUCUGGCUGCUGCGUGAAGAGACUGAAGGGACAAACGAAGGAACACAGUCACAUGACACUUCCAGGUAUAAAAGAUUGUCAUUUGUGGGGAAAAAAAAAAAUGUGACCCGUUAAGACAAGUCGAUUCUGCUCAACUUCUGAGACUGACGGUAUCUGAAAAGCCAUCCAUCUGCCUCCAGGAAAAGGAAGGAUGGCCCCAAGUCCCCGAAGCCUGGGACUUCUCUUCAUCUACGUUCUAUCUUUUCUCUUCGGUCUCCCGGCCAACCUCCUGGCCCUGCGGGCCUUCGUGGGGCGCGUCCGCCAGCCCCACCCUGCACCCAUCCACAUCCUCCUGCUCAGCCUGACGCUGGCAGACCUGCUGCUGCUGCUGCUGCUGCCCUUCAAGGUGAUUGAGGCUGCAUAUGAUUUCCGCUGGCCCUUGGGGGACACACUCUGUGCCCUCACUGGCUAUGGCUUCUACAGUGGCAUCUACUGCAGCACGUGGCUCCUGGCGGGCAUCAGCAUCGAGCGCUACCGCAGUGUGGCUUUCCCCGUGCAGUACAAGCUGUCCCGCCGGCCCUUGUACGGAGUGAUUGUCGCUCUGGUCUCCUGGAUCAUGUCCUUUGGUCACUGCAGCAUUGUGAUCAUUGUCCAAUACUUACCAACCAACACGUCAACGGGCAAUGCGGAGGGCCUCAUUUCCUGCUAUGACAACUUCACCAAAGAGCAGCUGGACGUGGUGCUUCCCGUGCGGCUGGAGCUGUGCCUCGUCCUCUUCUUCAUCCCCAUGGUGGUCACCAUCUUCUGCUACUGGCGUUUCGUGUGGAUCAUCCUCUCCCAGCCCCACGUGGAGAGCCGGAAGCGCUGGAGAGCCGUGGGGCUGGUGGUCGUGACCCUAUUCAAUUUCCUGGUCUGUUUUGGGCCGUACAACGUGUCUCACGUGGUGGGGUAUUUCCAGAAGACAAGCGAAAGCUGGCGGGCCUGUGCGGUGAUGCUCAGCACUCUCAAUGCUUGCAUCGACCCUUUGAUUUUCUAUUUCUCCUCCUCAGCUGUGCGCAAAGCCUUUGAUAAAAAGCUGCGGAAGCUGCGGAGCUGGGGUGCCUCACUGUUGGGGUUCUGGAGGAGAAGAGCUGGAAAGCCGGCUGCAGAGAGAGGACAUGGGAGCUUAGGUACGGCCAAUGGCAGCUUCACAGGAGACUAGACUUGCCAGCUUGGUGGUACGUGCUUUUUGGGGAAGGGGGGGUACUCAAAAAGGGGAACAAGGAGACAGAACCAGAGUGAGUUCUCCUCUAGAGGCAAAGAAGAGCAGUGGGCUCUCAAGUCCAACUCAUCCACUGGGUGACUGUUGUCACCUUGCUCCCUGUGGUUUACGACAUUUCCUCAUUUGUGGCUGCUACUGCUUCGCGGUAAGCCGCAAGGGAACAGCACAGUCCUAGAAUUCCCUGCUUCCCCCACUCCAUGUCUAUGAGAUGGCAGUAUUCAUUUACAGGCACACCUUGUUACCCUGGGCUUCAGAGAUAUCAUGCUUUUCACAGUUUGAAGGUUUGUAGCAACCCUGUACUGACAGACGAUGCUAACAUUUUUUAGCAAUAAACUAUUUUUCAAUUAAGGGAUGUACAUUAAUUUUUUUUUAGACAUAAUGCUAUUGCACAGUUAAGAGUCUGCAGUACAGUGUAAGCUUUUACUUGCACUGGGAAACCACAAAACUCAUGACUCGUUUUAUUGGGCCAUUCACUUCAUUGCGGUGGUCUGCCCGCAACACCGCCAAGGUAUGCUUGUAUCUACUGGAGUUCUUAGCUCUAUCUUUGCCCUGAAUCAGAAGGGGGGGUUCCAUGCGUUGGGUCUGAACAUCCACCACAGGCAGGGAUCUGGAGAGCAAGACAAGCUCCUGCAUGUGAGCCCAGAGGACCAGUAACCCGACUAAAGCAGUUGCCAGCCCAGGUCUGUAAAAUGGGCAAGAAAAAACUCCUUGAGGGCAGAGUUCCUGUUAUGGCUCAGCAGUUAAUGAACCUGACUGGCAUCCAUGAGGACAAAGGUUCGAUCCCUGGCCUCGCUGAAUGGUUAAGGAUCCAGGGAUACCGUGAGCUGUGCUAUAGGUCGACUACGCGGCUCUGAUCCUGCGGUGCUGUGGCUGUUGUGUAGGCCGGCAGCUAGAGCUCCGACUGGACCCCUAGCCUGGGAAUCUCCAUAUGCCGUGGAUGUAGCCCUAAAAAAGACAGAAAGACAAAAUAAUUAAUUAAUUAAUUAAAAUAAAAUAAGUCCUUGAGGAAAAAUCAGUAGUGGUGUAAAGAAACCUGGGUCAGGACACUUCUUAAUAUUUGGGUCUUAUUUUCUAUCCCCAGCACUGUGUACAUGUGUGCUUUUUUUUUCCCUUGAUCAAUCUUGCCAGAGGUCUGUUAAUUUGUUUUUUCAAAAAACCCAGCUCUUCUCUGGCUUUAACCUCUGUUUUCUAUUUCAUUAAUGUCUAAUUUUAUCUUUAUUGUUUCCUUCCUUCUACUUUGUUGAGUGUUUUCAGUUGUUCCCUUUCUUACUUUUUAAGGUUGGACACUCAUUAACUGUAGCCUUUCUUCUUUGCCAAUAUAGGUAUAUAUAAGGCUAUUCAUUUCCCUCUAAGAGCAGCCUUAGUGGGAUGCCAUAAUUUCAAUUUGAAGAAUUUCUGUUAUUUUGAAUUCUAAAUAAUUCUAUUUCCCUAUGAUUUUUUUUCUUUGACUCUUGGGUUUAGAAAUGGUUCUUAAUUUUCAAGCAUAUGAAUUUUUUCUUGAUCCUUUUGUUAUUCAUUUCCGAUUAAAUUGCACUGUCAUCAGAAAGAACUGUUUGAAUAAAACCAGUAUUUGAAAUUUGUUGAGAACUGCUUUUUGGCCUAGAAUACAGUCAAUCUAACAUUCCAGGUAUGAAAAGAACAUAGAUUCUGCAACAGGUUCUCUCUAUACAUCCUAGGUCAAACAUUAAUUUGUAAUGUAUUUGUUUAUAUUCAAUUUUCUCUCUCUCUCUUUCUUUGGCUGUGCCUGCAGCAUGUAGAAAUUCCUGGGUCAGGGAUCAAACACGAGCCAUGGCAGUGACAACACCAGAUUCUUAACCACUGGGCCACCAGGGAACUCCUGCAAUGUUCAAAUCUUUAUAACUUUUAUUGACUUUUGUCUGUUUGCACGGAGAGAUAGGUUACAGCCGCCUUUUAUAAUGGUGAAUUUGUCUAUUUCUCUGUAUAAUUCUAUCUUCUGGGAAUAUUAAAUGUUGAAUGUUUUUCAAUAUUAACUUUGGGCAGAGCAUCCCUGACUGCCUGCUUGUAUCUCUCAGUGUUAAUUUUGCCUUAUCAUCUAUUUUGUCCAUUAUUGACAAAGGCACACAACUUGGUGUUUUGAUUAGUAUUUGUCCAGGAUGUUUUUGUCCAUUCUUUUACUUUCAAACUUUCUAUAUCCUUAUGUCUGAGAUGUGUCUUCUAUAAGCAGUAUAAAAAAGACUGGUUGGAUUUUCUGUAGAUUGGUCUUACAAUUCAAAAGUAUUUGUCUUUUCACUGUAUCACUUCAUUCAUUUACAUUUAUAUGAUAAUAAUUUCCAAUAUAUCCAGAUUUCUUUCUGCCAUCUUAUUUUUAAGCACUUUUAUUGAACUAUACACACAUACUGAAAUGCACAUGCAGAUCAUGUACAGCCUGAUAAUAAGUACUAGUCAUAUAAUAAAAUAAAUGGUUCCUGGAGGCUUGUGUUAAGGGUGGGGAAAAAGGGGAUACUAUUAGUAAUACCAUACUUCAGCCCCUUCCAGUUUUCAAGUUAAUGAUGGGAAGAGUGAGCUCUCACUGGAAAGCAAAUCAGGUCACUUGGUUUAUGUAAACGCAUGUGAGAGCUUUCUCCCUAAGCUGCUCAAGAAACCACACGCCCAAUCAGCACUUCCCACCCUUUGAAUACAAGCCCUUCUGACAGUAACACAUUACUAACUGCUGCCAUUUGUGUUACUUUAAACAAAUACUAUUUGGCAAAGAUAAAAUUCUAUUAAACAUGCAUUUUCUAACCAUCUACUUCAUCCUACUGGCAAAUAUCCUUUGGAGACUGUUACCAGCUCACCUGGCAGAGGCUGUGCCCUACCCCCACCAGGUGGAGAACUGACAGCUUACAGGAAGUCUGAGAGCCCAGCUCUAGCGUUUGCAAUAGCACUCCCAUGAGGCAGCCCCACUACAGGGCCAGCGUGGACAGUGAAAAGAGGGAAGCGGGGAGCACGAAUUGAUUAAUGGACUUGAAGAUGACAGUUUUAUUCCAGCGUGCUCUGCAAUACCUUUUCAAAAAUAAGGCAGGAGUUCCCACUGUGGCUCAGUAGAAACAAAUCCGACUAGCAUCCAUGAGGAUGUGGAUUCAAGAGGAUGUGGAUUCAAUCCCUGGCCUUGUUCAGUGGGUUUAGGAUCCAGUGUUGCUGUGAGCUGUGGUGUAGUAGGCCUGCAGCUGCAGCUCUGAUUUGAUCCCUGGCCUGGGAACUUCCAUAUGCUCCAGGUGCAGCCCUAAAAAGAAAAAAAAGAAAAAAAAAAAGGAGCCAGCAGUCAGAGGUGGGCAUUUGUUGCUUUGGCCUUCCUGGUGACAUCCCUUCUACUUUGGGGACAGCACUCCACCUUCCCCUCCUAUGAUGCAGUUUGGUGGAGCUGACUUUACUCCCCACCUCCUGCUCCAGCGGUCAGUGUGUGACCCAGGUGACAGACCAGGGCUAUCAGCACAGUUUUCCUCUGAUCACAGUGACAGGUCACACAUGGGUGUGUGACUCAACCUAGGCCAAGGACAGCUGAGCCCGGCCCUUCUUUUCUAACCAUUUAGGAGAAAGAAACUCUUUUUCUUUCUCUUUUUCUCUUUUCUUUCUUUCUUUUUUUUUUUUUUUGUCUUUUU